UUGAUGACCAAGAAGAGUUGAUGGCCACAGAUAGUGCCAUUGAGAUCUUGGGCUUCACUUCUGAUGAAAGAGUGUCCAUCUAUAAGCUCACAGGGGCAGUAAUGCAUUAUGGGAACCUGAAAUUCAAGCAGAAGCAGCGUGAGGAGCAAGCUGAGCCAGAUGGCACUGAAGUUGCUGACAAGGCUGCCUAUCUUCAGGGUCUGAACUCUGCUGACCUGCUCAAAGCCCUCUGCUACCCCAGGGUCAAGGUCGGCAAUGAGUUUGUCACCAAAGGCCAGACUGUAGAGCAGGUGUACAACGCAGUCGGUGCUCUGGCCAAAGCCGUCUACGAUAAGAUGUUCCUCUGGAUGGUCGCCCGCAUCAACCAGCAGCUGGACACCAAGCAGCCCAGGCAGUACUUCAUCGGGGUCUUGGACAUUGCUGGCUUUGAGAUCUUUGAUGUGAGUUCAGAAACGUUGUAGCAGAAAAAUUUAUAA